CGCGCCGCAGGAAACGCUGAAAAACUUGCAUCAUCCAGCGGCGAAAAGCAGACAGCAUGGACCCAGCGCGCACCGAGAGGUGACCUGCGGGAGGUUCUUUAUCAUCCAGGUCUACCGGCCACCGGUCUUUACUUUCUUUUCCUUUUUUUUUUCCUCUGUUCCUGUGUGGAUGUCCUCUCCGAGCAAAGUGCAAGGUCCCCUCACAGAUAUGAGCCCGGAUCAGCUGUAGCAGCGGCUCUUCUCUUCCCCUCCGCAGCCUUCACCCUUCCUUCAGCUGACUCUUUUUAUUUAAACCCACUUUUUUUUUUUUUUAACUACUUUUAACUUAUUUUCCUCCCAACAUGUCGUGCCUUUUACUGGGAGUCAUCCGAAGGCAGGGGGGCGUCGGGGCAGCCGCUGGCGUCCGCUCGCUGGCCUCCAUCCCCUCGCUGCCCCCGGCGGUGGCAGACUUCGUGAAGGGAGCGGCGGACGAGUGCAAACCCAGCAAGGUGCACGUGGUGACGGGCACGCCGGAGGAGACGGCCAACAUCCUGGCCGGCCUGGAGAAGGACGGCAUGGUGAAGAGACUCCCCAAAUAUGACAACUGCUGGUUGGCUCGGACGGACCCGAAGGACGUGGCCCGGGUGGAGAGCAAGACCGUGAUCGUGACCAAGAAACAGAGAGACACCAUCCCCAUCCCCGCCGGGGGGGCCAAGAGCCAGCUGGGGAACUGGAUGAGUGAGUCGGACUGGCAGGAGGCCCGACGGGAGCGAUUCCCCGGCUCCAUGGCAGGCCGGACCAUGUAUGUGAUCCCCUUCAGUAUGGGUCCAGUCGGAUCAACGCUGUCUAAAUACGGCGUCCAGGUGACGGACUCGCCGUACGUCGUGGCCAGCAUGGGCAUCAUGACCCGGAUGGGAACCCCGGUUCUGAACAAACUGGCCGAAGGAGAGGAGUUUGUCCGCUGCCAGCACACUUUAGGACGACCUUUACCUCUAAAAAGUCCUCUGGUCAACUCGUGGCCCUGCAACCCGGAAAAGGUCCUGAUCACUCACCUGCCGGACUCCAGGCAGAUCCUGUCCUUCGGCAGCGGCUACGGAGGAAACUCUCUGCUGGGGAAGAAGUGCUUCGCCCUGCGCAUCGCCUCCCGCAUCGCCAAGGAUGAGGGCUGGCUGGCCGAGCACAUGCUGAUCCUGGGGAUCACCAACCCUCAGGGGGUGAAGCGGUACGUGGCGGCUGCCUUCCCCAGCGCCUGCGGGAAAACCAACCUGGCCAUGAUGAAGCCGGCGCUGCCCGGCUGGAAGGUGGAGUGUGUUGGCGACGACAUCGCCUGGAUGAAGUUCGACAGUCAGGGGAAACUCCGGGCCAUCAACCCAGAGAACGGCUUCUUCGGCGUGGCGCCGGGCACCUCCGACAAGACCAACCCCUACGCCAUGUCCACCAUCGCCAGGAACACCGUCUUCACCAACGUGGGGGAGACCAGCGACGGGGGCGUGUGGUGGGAGGGACUGGACCCCCCGCCCGCCGGCGUCACGCUCACCGACUGGCACGGGAAGACCUGGCAGCCUGGCAGCUCCACCCCCUGCGCCCACCCCAACUCCCGCUUCUGCGCCCCGGCCGCCCAGUGCCCCAUCAUCGACCCGCUGUGGGAGAGCGAGCAGGGCGUUCCCAUCGACGCCAUCAUCUUCGGAGGCAGGAGACCCGAAGGAGUCCCGCUGGUCUACGAGUCUUUCAGCUGGCAGCACGGAGUGUUCGUGGGAGCCGCCAUGAGAUCCGAAGCCACAGCAGCUGCAGAGCACAAAGGGAAGACCAUCAUGCACGACCCCUUCGCCAUGCGGCCCUUCUUCGGUUACAACUUCGGCGACUACCUGGCCCACUGGCUCAGCAUGCAGAGCCGGAAGGCCCCGACCCAGCUCCCCAAGAUCUUCCACGUCAACUGGUUCCGGAAGGACCCGGCGAGCGGCUCCUUCCUGUGGCCCGGCUUCGGGGAGAACGCCCGCGUGCUGGAGUGGAUCUUCAGGCGCUGCGGCCGGGAGCGGGACGACGAGGCCGCCGCCAAGAGCGUGAUCGGCUGGCUGCCGGUGGACGGCGCCAUCAACACCGAGGGCCUGGGGGGCAAGGUGGACAUGGGCGCCCUGUUCGACGUGCCCACGGCCUUCUGGCAGAACGAAACCAAGGAGCUGAGGGCCUACUUCACCCAGCAGGUCGGCGCCGACCUGCCGGCGCAGAUCGAGGCGGAGCUGAAGGCGCUGGAGGACAGAGUGCACCAGUAGAACCCCGCAGCGACGGAGGGGGACGAACUGAGCCGCUGCUGGUCUGGGUCGGGUGUAACUACGUCAGAGAAGCGUCCGGAAGCUUCACCGUGCAGAGAAACGUCUAACUCUCAUCUUUAGUUUUCACGUUGAGGGACUAAAACACGACAGCAGCUACAGAAACACGCCGCACGGUGCUUUAAUCAGCUUUAUUUAAACACCAGUUCAUGUCCUCUUGUGCCUUUUUUCUCUGUUUGAGGAGAAAACUCUUGAAAGAAAAAAAAAAACAAGUGCACAUCUUCAUUACUUGACACUAAGACGGGUGGAGGGAGGGGGUGGGGGCCAACACGGCUACCUCGUGGUGCCUUUUAACAAAACAGUGUUCAAGCUGCUUGUGUUUACAGGCCGAAGACUUAAUCUCACUGAGUAAAUACAUUUUAUCUUAUUUUCAAUUCACAAACACCCCGUUUUUGUUUCAAUCCAAGCUUCUUUUUUUUUUUUUUAUUUUACCACAUGAAGACUUUUAGCAGAAGGUCAGUCGGUGACCGAGAAGUUUGUGGACGACUAUGCAGAUUUAAUUCAGCCACUUUUGUAAUGUUUGUGAUUAAACUGUAUGAUUCCCAGUGAUGUUUACACGCACACUAUGUGAGAUUCUGGACCAAUAAUGAAAUGCGAC